AUCUGCCCGGGCUAACCAUAGACAUCAUAAAGGGGCGCUGUGCAGAGUUCUUCAAUGCUUGGAUGGGCAUAAAGACAUGGGCUCAAUCAUGGUUUUCAGAUCGUAUAAUAGCCGCACACACGGUGUUUGUAACAAACCGGAUAUCGCCACAGACACUGCAAGCAUGGCCGACAAGACACCGAAGGAGCAGUCUGAGGCUGCUUUCGCGAAAAGGAUAGACCCAACGAAAGAAGACCUUUCAAAUGAACAAACGUAUUUUAUAAGACAAGUCGAACUUGCACAGUGGAAGAAGAAAACGUCACAUCUAAGAGGCCGAAAUGUUGCAACGGGACUUGCUAUUGGAGCCAUGGUGAUGGGCAUCUAUGGCUACACGUUUUACUCGGUGUCACAGGAGAAGAUAAUGGACGAGUUGGACGCAGAAGCCAAAGUUGCGCGACUGAGAGGGCCAAAGACGGGGGCCAACUGAAAUGGACUCAGCUACUGGAGUGAUGUUCCUCUCAGCCUGGCUUGUCACUUGCACUGGAAAGGGACUCUUUCCUGACAAUUAUGGCAGUAUCUGCAUCAUAUUCCACAGUUAGCUACUGUUGCUAUAGAUGCACUGUCAGACAGUAUAGAAUUGGUUGUGUUUUGUGUUGUUGACAAAAUUGUCCAUAUUGUGAUUGACAUGUAUUGUCAGUGGAAUGCGUGAUCCAUUGUUGCCCAAAACUGGCAAGUUUCAGUAAGCAUUAUACCAUAAUAUUGCCAUUAAAAAGCCACUAGUUCCAUUGUGUAAAAUAAUUAAACAGAAUCAUGGUAAAUCCAGAAGAUGAAGAGAAGUAAUUCAACUACUUUAAAACUGAUACUCUUUUUACAGUGGCCUUACUUGGCGUCAUUAAUGGAGUUAAACAAAAUAAAAAAUAUAUAUACAUUAUAAAAUGUUAACAAAGUAUGAUAGAAUAUUGAGUUGUGCACAGUACUUUUUUUUUCUUUCUAAUACAAAUUAAAUCAAUGUGAGGCA